AUGUAUCUAUCAGAAAGUGACUUCACAAAAGAAGAAAUCAUCUACAAAACAAGCUCAGUCGAAGUAUUUAAAGCAAGAAUGAACCAAACCGGCAGGAUAGUUGCAGUUAAUAAGCUCAAGAUUAAUUCAAUUGAUGAAAUGAAUUCUAUACAAAAUUGAUCUAAUACAAUGGCAUCAAUACAGCACCAAAACAUUGUAGAGCUCAAGUCAUUCUUCAUAACUGCAUUUGCGUCGACUAUUGAGCACGCUUUUUUCAUCAUGGAUUAUUACCCAAAUGGAGAUUUAUCUAAUGAAAUCAGUAAAAGAAUCAAAGAAAACCGGCCAUGAAGUGAGAAUGACUUGCUUUAUCACUUUAAAUCACUGAUUGAUGCUCAUUGUUGACUGCAGAGGAAAGAGCUUGCACAUAGAAAUAUAAAGCCAAGAAAUAUUUUAAUUAGUAAUGAUGGUGAUCUGCACGUUGCAGAUUUAAGGUGGGCUUAUAAAAUGAAAACAUUAAUAUUGGAAGACUCAGAAUUCACAAUAGCAGGGACUCCUUUAUAUUUGAGUCCGAAAUUGAGAGAAGCGUAUGCUAAUUUUACAAAUGGGCUUGGAAAUGGAGUGGCACAGCAUGAUCCUAUUAAGUCUGAUGUUUAUUCACUUGGGCUUACGUUUUUAUACAUGGCCAGCUUAAAAGAUUUACCUGACUUAACUGAUUUAAGAAAUCAGGAAUUUAAAGUGAGAGAAAGAAUACAGGAAAUUGGCUAUAGUGAUGUAAUAAAAGAAAUAUUAACGAGAAUGCUGAUUUUUGAUGAAGAUAGAAGGCCUGAUUUUGUAUGACUUUCUAAAUAUCCUGCUUUUGUGAGUGUAAGCAAACCUCAGAUAAUAAAUAAACCCGAAAAUCAAAUAAUAAGCCCAAUUCAAGCGACUAAAAGAUCUCUUGCCGUUAAGGCUAGUGGCAUUCAGCAGCAACCACCUAGCUCUACAAAAUUAAAAGCAAAUCAAGGAUGAAACUGAAAUAGUUUGCUCAAAAAUAAGCGUAUAAAAAUCUGGGUAAAAUUCUCAAAAAUAAAAAAUUAUUUUUUACGCAUUUCAGACUCGAUUUCUGCUCAAAUGCCUCCCAAUAUCUCAGACUUGAUAAAUUUUGCUAAAUCAACAGGAGCUGUUAUUAAAGUCUCCUCUUUGUCAUAUAAAUGCGUUUUUUGCAAUUUCAAAAAUAGUGAUUCUCAAUUUACGUGCAUCCAUCGUUGGCCAUUUCAUAAGCAAUGUGUCCCCCAAAAUUAUAUUUAUGCUAUCGACAGUGGGGAUAUCAGGCAGUAUCUUAUUAAUUGCUGAGAAUGCACCCAAGGGACUGUGUUUUGGGUUGAAAAUCUUAAUUAUCAUGAAAUAGUUGAUUCAAAUGCACUUUCUUUACAAAGCCAUACUGCUAAUACACCCUCUAUCAUUCAAAAUGGAAUGCAAAAUCAAAAUGCUAAUAAUGCAUAUGAAGAAGCGAAAGAAUCUGAAGAAAUUCGACUUAUAAAUGGAGUAUGUCGCAGAUGCAGGAACAUUCAGAAAAAAUUACUAUAUUAUCCAAAAUGUAAACAUACAGUUUGUAAGGAAUGUAAAAGUAAUAGAAAAGGGCAAAGUGUGUAUGAAUGUCCCUUCUGCCCAUUAGAAUACGCACCAGAAUAUAAUCCAAAAAUUUAUGAGUGCUUAUACAAUAUCUAUAAUUAG